CCGGGGCGGAUCUAGUCUGAAUGGAGCGUGCGUUCGCGUGACUGAAAUUCGAUUGGCCACGCCUACUUGUCCGGGAAAAAGUGAAAAUCAAGUGAAAAUCCCAGCAAAUGCCAGGUGAAACUGGGCUGAAGGCAAACAAAGAGCAAAAAGAGCAGAAUGUUUCGAAAGGGCGGUGCAGUGCAGUGAUACAUACAAAUAGAGCCACAUAAAACAUAUCUGUGCGCGUUCGCUUGAAAAUCGGUUGUGAACCCUUUAGCGGAUUAACAAAUUCCCAUGUUUCCCAUGGACUCUACUUCGGAAAACUCCAAUUAGGCCAAAAGGGCCACUGGAAGCUGGAAAACUGAGAAAACCUCGCUGUGGCAGCGACCUGAAUUCGAAAUUAUUUUUUUUUGUUUCCCUAGAGCAUUUUUCCAUCGGUUUUGAUUUAUAUGUUAACGUUAUCUCAAGUUUGACUUCAAUUUUACACGGAAUCACACAAAAAACCUUAGAUUUUAAACACAAACAUCAUAAAUCGGUCGAACUGCAUCUCUUGAGUUUUGAGCACUCUUAGCUCUCUAAAUUGGUUGUUUUUGUUGUUCUUGUUACGGCGACUUUACGGAGGAACCCACCAUCUGUAUCUUCAUUGUAGCAUUGUAGCAUCUGGGGAUCCGAAACCAUCUGGAAUUGUGACCGAUCCAGCGAUCCUACGAUCCUACGGCUAAUUGGAUUUGGACACAUCGCAUCAUCUUUCACGAAACCGAGUCCGAAAGCCAGCUUAAUUGGCUUAGGCGGCGGUUGUCGAUGUUGGCCACUGACGUGUGAAAUGGGUGUGGGCUACUACACUGAAGAGAACAACAUCAAGAGCAGCGGCUCAGCGCGUCAGUGAGUUGAAAGAGGCUUCUCCCGAACCGAGGACCUCGAACAGCACAAGAUGAAUCCAGUGGCGGGCACAGUGGAGCCUCUGGCCACGGCCAAGCCGAAGGCGAUGCGAUCGCGGAAGAGACGACAGCGGAGGAGGCGGCAGAUAGCCUACCUGGCCAUCUGCGGACUGAGCGUGGCCAUCUUCGGGUUCGCCCUGGCCACGCUGAUCAGGCCAGUGACCGCGCAGGGUGAGGGUGAAGGAGAAGGAGAAGGAGGUGAGGCCCAGCCCGCGCCAGAAGAAAAAGCUCCUGUACAAUGGCGCAAGGGAUACGAGGGCCACGGCACCACGCACGAGCAGCUCGGCCAGCCGCACUGGCCGCCAGUGGAGUACACCAAGUACAGGCCGACCACGAACUACACCAAGGAGCCCCCGCCUCCCACGACGGCCAUGAACUCGAUCUUCAACUUCACCCACUUCCUGUACGACAAGGUCCUCUACAGGGACGAUCCCAUUCCGGAGGGAUACGUUGUGGUCAGGAACUCGGACACGCUGGCCCUGGGACCCAAGGUGGAGGAGAACGACUGGCGGGAUCUGCUGAGCCACUAUUGGUUGGUCCUCAUCUGGGUUAUCAUUCUCGUGGCGCUCAUAAUUAUCAUACCGUUCAUUGCCGUUUGCUAUUGCUGCUUCUGCUGCUGCCGAAGAUGUCGACAGGGAUGCCCUCCGUGCACCAGUAAGCAGGAUGCCCAGCGGCGCUUCUGCUGCGGCAUCUGUCUGCUGAUCCUCAUCAUCGGACUGAUCUUUGGCAUCAUCAUCGCCUUCGUCACCAACAAAAUGAUCGACAGCGGCUUCUCCGAGACCUCGGAGACAAUGAAGCGCGGCAGCGAGGACACCUGCACCUACCUGAAGGACGUGGCCGACCAUGUUACCCAUCUGAUGAAGUACAACUACGAGGAGAUGGAGACCCAUGUUCUGGAUCAGCUAACCCACGCCCACAGGCACAUCUUUUUGGAUCUGUCCGACACUUCGGAGAGUAAUUCGCUGGCCGAGAUGGAGCGGGUGUUGGAGAACAUGCCCGAGGCCCUGGAGCUGAUGAGGCAGGUGGAGCAGAUGGAGAAGGACCUGCGCUUCUACGGCUCCCAGUUGAGAGAUGGUGUCCGUGGCAUCAAGCGCGACGUGAACUUCGCAGUGGCCAAUCUCUGCCAGCUGCAGAUGUGCCAGAAGUUCCUGAUCAGCAGCAAUAUCGAGCACAUUGACACCUCGCAGUGCCUGCACUUCGACAAUCUGCCCAACACCAAGGAGUUUGUGGAGGGCAUGGAGGACAUUAUUCGGAACAAGUACUAUGUCAUACCGCAACGGGGACUCGCCCGCCUUAAAAAGGUCAGCGACAAGGUGAAGACGCAGCUCUCCUUCGUGGUGCCGCCAAUGAUGCGCGACUUGACCAAGGGAAGAUCCAUCUUCAACGAGCAGGCGGCGAACGUGCGUAACAUCGUGGACGCAGUGCUGAGCGACAUCCACAUAAAGACCCUGCACUCGACCAAGUCCUUCGAGGACGUCUACGACCGGUUCGGCCACGACAGGAACAUAAUCAGCUUGGUUGUGUGUUUGCUCAUCCUUUUGGUUCUUUUCAUCCUGAUCUUUGCUCUGCUGUGCGGCUGCUUCGGCCGACGGCGCACCGGAUAUGGCGACGAGUGCUGCAGCAAGUCCACCGGCGCCUCUUGCUUGCUCCUUGCCAUCUUGCUGAUAUUCUGCGUGUUCUCGUUCAUCGCCCUCGUGGGACUGUUCUACUUCAUGCUGGGCAUGGUGACCUACCAGGGCGCCUGUGCCCCGCUGAGGGACCAGGAGAACAACACCCUCUUCCGGCAGCUGGACGCGGCCAUCGACCUGAACCACUACCUGCCGCAGGGCGACGGCUCCAGGAAGGAGGUGGGCCAGCCGCUGAAGAUGUCGGGCGCCAUCAGCGCCUGCCACGCCAACCAGACCAUCUUCGAGAUGCUGCGCGUGAACGGGAUCUACGACAUCAACGACCUAGCACGCAUCAAGGUGAUGACCCGCUCGGAGGACCCCGACUCGGUGAAGAUCUUCGAUGAGGACCUCUCCGGCGUCGUCCUGCUGACGCCGGCGGAGCAGAAGGACCUGGAGACUGCGGGCGGCAACAAGCUGUCGCCGUACCACAGCUCCCUCUACUUGCCGAGCCUGUGCACCCAGUUCACGCCGAUGAACCUCAACGCGCUCUCCGAGCAGCUGUUCAAGCUGUCCAACGACCUCGAGUACCCCGCCUACGGGUGGGCCAAGGUCUCCUUCUGGAACGAGGGCCUCAACACGAAGGCCUUCCACCGCAACUUCGUGCCUAAGCUGACCAGCCUCGUGGAGAAGAUGCGGGCUAACCUGCAGAAGAUCGACGAGCUGAUCUCGUACGAGAACCUCGACUUCACCACCACCAUCAAGGUGCUCACCGACACGGCGGUCAACUCGGAGAAGUUCAUCCAGACGCGGGGCAAGGACUACAUCAACACGCUCGGCACUAACCUGACCCUGACCAUCGACCAGAUGAUCGACGAGUACAUCGACAUGAUCAUCGCGGAGGCCAACGAGAGCGUGGGUCACUGCGCGCCCCUCUCCUACAUCUACUAUCGUGGCGUGGACCUGAUCUGCCACCGCCUCGUGGACCCCAUUAACGGCUUCUGGGUGGGCAUCCUGCUCUGCGCGCUGCUCUUCCUUCCCAUUCUGUUCGUGGCCCACCGGCUGAUGUGCCUGUACAAGAAGAUCUACCCCUACCUGGCCACCGUGGGAGCCGCAGGCGUGGUCGAGGGCGGCAGCGACUACCUGUACGACGCUUACAGUGAGCGCGAGCGCGAACAUGUCCCAUUGGCUAACGUUCCCAAGAAGCGGCGCAAGGCGUACGAGCGGCGGAGGGAGCAGCAGGACUACUACGAGGACGCCUCGCCCAGCGUUUCCCGGGGCAACCGUUCUGGCGGAGAUCGCGGCGGCGGCGGCGACGGCGCUCCCGGCAGCAGCAGCAUGCGCUACAACGACAUGGCGCCCACGCACUGGGACCACGAGCCGCCGCGCUACCACAAUCCGCCAGCGGCGCCGCCAUCCUCGGAGUACGAGCGCCCGCCGCCCUACUACUACCCGGGUGCCUCCGAGCAGGAUUAGGCGGACGGAGAGGCCCGGGACGGCUCGUUCGGGAGGAGGCAACAUGACGAUGAUUUUAUUUCGAACCCUCAGGCCCCGUUCCCGCUUCGAUUUCCCCUCAUUGUCCCCCACUGAGACUGUACUUUUAGUUAAAAGCGUAAAGAGAUAACUGAAAUUGUAUAAUUUAAUUAAGUAGUAUUGUAGCAUCACAUGUGUUAUCGCCUUGGCCCGACCAACUGGAAGCUGGAGAGGAACCGCCAGUUGCUAUUGGAAGCGGGCCGAAGCAAGGAAACUCUCAAAAACCAACCCCCUUAUAAUUACUUUGAAAAUGUUGCCAAAAGACGAGCACCGUAGGAACCGGACGAACCGAAGAACGGGAAGAACCCGGCGGGGAUUCCCCGGCCGGAGCAUUUAAUGAACUCUGGAGUCCCGAGACUCCGGGCUAGAAGGCCGGGCGGCGGGAGUCGGAUCUGAUGAGUCCCUCGAAGAGUUGGCCAUUCGACGGCCGCGCGGCCACAGAAGCUUUAAGGAAUCUCAUAAUUUUAUUAUGCACACACUCUGAGAUGGCGAUACGUACCCAAAACAAAACAACAAAAAAAAAAAAAACAAAACAAGAAAUAAGAAAUGAAAACGAAUAUCUAGCAAG